AUGGGUUUAUCAAUCUCAAAACUUCUCUCAGGGCUCUUUGGCAAGAAGGAGAUGCGAAUUCUCAUGGUGGGUCUCGAUGCUGCUGGUAAAACCACAAUCUUGUACAAGCUCAAGCUUGGAUUCAACGUCGAGACUGUCGAGUAUAAGAAUAUUUCAUUCACUGUGUGGGAUGUUGGAGGACAAGACAAGAUCCGACCCUUGUGGAGACAUUUACAACGGAUGCUUAGUGAAGACGAGUUGAGGGAUGCACUACUCCUCGUAUUCGCGAACAAACAGGAUCUUCCCAACGCAAUGAACGCUGCCGAAAUCACCGACAAGCUUGGUCUCCACUCCCUCCGACAACGAUCAUGGUACAUUCAAGCAGCUUGUGCUACUUCCGGAGAUGGUCUCUACGAGGGUCUUGAAUGGCUUUCCGCCAACCUCAAGAAGAAGACUUGA